CCGAUGUCUCGGUUGCGUAAAUCUAGGUCAUUCAAAGUGGUCAGCAACGAAAUAGUGAAUUUCACAAAGACUACAUGUUACUGUUCUAAUUCUCCAUGAAGUCUAAACUGAGGACUCAGGACAAUGGAAUAUUCCAUGUAGGCCUAUGGUAUAAAAUCUAGAGUAUUGUUAUGACGUUCUCCCAAGAAAAGAGAAUGUCGAGUGUACAAGUGAAGAUCGAGCUUUACCAAGGGGAUAUAACUGACUUGAAUGCACACGCGUUGGUCAGUUCAGUUCAUCGUAGUAAGACUUUGUCCAGAGGACCACUUUCAAGACACAUCAGCCGAAAGGCUGGUCCAUCAUUGCAGAAUCAGUUAAACGAGAAGAUUCGUGGCGAGCUCCAGUUUAAGCAGAUCGUCACAUGUAAUCCAGGGGCACUAAAGAACUUUAACUCUGUCAUGUUUAUGUGUCUGUACCACUGGAGAGAUGGCAAUGAAGUGGAUUUGAAGCAUGCUAUUGGAGAUUGUCUACAGAUUGCCUCAAACAAGAAUUACAGGACUAUUGCCUUUCCUGCUUUAGGAAUGGGUGGAAAUCAAUACCCUCCUUUCGAAGUGGCCAUGGCAUUAUUAGAAGCAAUCAUUACCUUUGUGUAUGAUAACCCUGGCACUUUGCUACAUACAGUCUACAUCGCUUUGAAUGAUCCAGACCAAGACUCCAUCAGGACGUUUGUUCAGUGUGUCAUGGCAUUUUGUAGAGGAGUCGAGGCCCAGCUGGACUUGCAACGAACAGAGCCUGGUGACGAAGGUUCUUGGCUGACCAUUAGUGGUCAACAUUUAACUGAGCUGAUACGCUCCAAGCCAGCCAAAGUCUCUAACAGUCUUUCUUCCAAGGCCCUGAGUGUUAUCAACUGUCUUGGAGACGCCACUGUACUGUACAGUAACGAUGCAAUGACCGUGACGGCCCAGAAAACUAUAAGUCUCUCUGAAUUGAGUUUCCGCGGCGAAGUAAAAAUUUAUGUUCCGGCGGCCUUAAAAAAAGGCUGGAACAUUGUAAAGCAAAAAAUUAAGGAGAAAUUGUCAUAAAAGUUUUAUUGUAAUUUUGAAAUUAAUUUUUUAUUACUGUUUUUUAAAUAGAUUUUUUAAUCAUUGGGAUAAGUCUGCUUUUGUAAGGUUACCAUAGGUCCGGCAAAAAGAGGACAUGUCCGGAAAGCUUAGGCAUUAAUUAUUACAUUGUCCUUCUUUCACUCUGUUCUUUACUGCAAUAGCAUAUUUUUACAUCAGUCGAAUUCAUUUAUUCACAUUAUUUAGAUUAAAUAUACCGUUCUUUUUUUCGGAACCUCUCCGCAUGGAUCACUCAUUUUUUUUUUUUUACAAAGGGAGUACUCAUUAUUUACUUUCAUUUCCUGCCAGAGAAACAAAUUUUAUCUCCGGAUCCUUUAUAUAAAUAUUUGUGACCAACUAUUUCCCAGAGGAGAAUGGAUUCCUUCCCUUGUCAUUCAAUAUUACGCAUACUAUAUUUAUACCGAGGAAAAAAAAAAGAGGAUUUUAAUCGUAUUUAGACAACUUUGAAUAUUCUGUUUAUGUUAAAAUUUUAAAUCUUAAUGACCUUAAAGCAUUUGUUUUAUUUUUAGUAUUCCACAAAUCCUCCACAUCAGGGGCAGACUGCCUAGAUGGGCGUUUGGGCAGAUGUUCUGUAGGCUGGUACUCAAAUGGACCGGUAGGGCAACCUAAAGGGCCUCAUGAAUGCCACUAUAGAAAGUUAGAAACUAUUCAAUUAUUAAAGGUUUUAUAAUAUUCUGUUGUAAGAGGGGCCCACUGAGCGUCGUGUUUUAAGAAUAAUUCUUUUACAGACUCUACAGUGUAAUGCUAAUUUAAUCUAUCACAUUUUCUGAAAUAAUGUAAUAGCCUACACCCGUUGACAGUGCUUCUAUUAGGCUUUAUCUUUUAAGGGCCUACACACUUAGCAAUUAAAAAGCAGCAUAAGGCCUAUAUUUCUUAUAAAGAUAUAGAUUUCAUUGUAUGCAUGCGUAAAGUUAUCGAUACAUUAUCAAACUUACAAAAUGAUUUUUAGGACAGGUAGAAUUAGGAUUGUAUGCCCAUUAUAUGAUAAAGAAGUUAUUGUCCGAAAGGUAUACAAAUGCCCGGGCCGAUUUUGACACCCAGUUCGACCCUGCCUCCACAUGUCACAGUGCACCAAUGGGUGCCACUUAGAUAUCUGGAACUAUUUUUUUCUUUAUUUCUGGAAAUAUCGAAUAAUUUAAACAAAUUUUAACAACGUGUUUCAUUAACUUAAAUGUAGAGAUUUUGUACAAACAUUUUGUGACUGAACUGUUACACUGUUUUAAAAUUCAAACUCGUCAUCUUCCUCUAGUCAGAUUUUUGCUGCUGAGCUGUGAGCUCUUUUUCAGACUGUGCCAAGGAAAAAUAGUGUGCUGUUUUCUUCAGUUGUUCAGCACUGCCGUACAGGGUGUUGCUUAUGCUGGGCUGAAAUGGUAGUAGGGUCUGCCUAAAUUGAAUUGGAAGGGGUAUAAAAAGAGGAUGUGGCUUACGGACUCUUAAGGGUGGGCGCAGUGUCUACAAAGGGGAAGUUGUGUGGGAUUUAUUUUGCUAGGAUGGUAAUUUAACAGAGGUGUGUGUCCUGUACUUAGUUGGAAGAUUGUAGAUUGCUCUUUGCGGGGGAGGAAGUUAAUGCUGUCCAGAUUGUUUGGCAUGGUCAUUUCCUUGUACAUAGCUCUGCCUGUGUUGUUUCCUUAAAAGUCCACCCAUUUUUACCUGGGUUGUUUCAAGCUCUUUAUUCACACAUACAGCUUUCCUCUCUUUCGAGGAAUUAAGAUUUUACUUUGAAAUCUUCAAAGAGAAAAAUAUGUUAUUUUAUUAAAAAAUGUAUAUUUUGUUUACUUUAUUCGUUGAUGUGGAUUGUAGAAAAAUUCUUGUCAUGAUAAGAAUUUGAGAUGUAAAGGUAUGCAUUUUAUCCUGUUCACGUGUUUUUAAAUAACAAUAUAUGUAUUCACAUU